UUUAAGGUGGAGUUUAGCGUAGCAUAUCUUCAGUCAUUUGCAAUUUUCUAUCCCUUUAAUUUUAGCAAGUGAAAGGGUGAACAUACUGGUUCUCUCUCCUCCCUUAUCCAAUUUGAAUUGGGCUUCAGCUCUCUCUUCCAUAGUACCAUUUCAACUAGAUGGCUUGUUCAUCGUCAACAACAUGGAGCAUGGCAACUCUGAAAUCAGCUUUGCCUUCGGUUCCAUCAGCUCCCAUGUUCAACAAGUUGCCCAUUUCGGCUUCCUAUAAUACAUCGCCCUCAAAGUCGCGUACAGUGGGACUAUCACUACGCAGUUCUAAGCCUCUUCUACCACACUACAGUGGCCUCAGUGCACUCUGCCCACUUCUCUCAUCAUUUCCCUCUGGAUCAGAGAACUCAGGAUUUGACAGUCUUUUCAAAAUGAUCGAUAAUGGAGGUCGAUUCUUUGCCAUGAAACACGGAAGGAAAAUACAUAGACUUAGCAGGCCUGCAGAUCAGCGUCGUGCACUUCUCCGAGGCCUUACAACUCAACUUCUUAAGCAUGGACGUAUCAAAACUACAAGAGCAAAAGCAAGUGCUAUGAGGAAGUACGUUGACAAAAUGAUUACCUUGGCUAAAGAGGGAUCCCUUCACAAAAGAAGGCAAGCACUUGGUUUUAUAUAUGAGAAGCAGAUUGUUCAUGCCUUGUUUGCCGAGGUGCCAGAAAGGUACGGAGACAGAAAUGGAGGAUACACAAGGAUUAUCAGGACACUCCCAAGGAGAGGAGACAAUGCUCCAAUGGCCUACAUUGAGCUUGUUUAGGUCACUUGAUAUUUUCAAUUUGCACUGAGCUUGUAUCAUGAGAGAUCUUUGUUCUGUAGUUUUGGGGGUUUUUAUUUUAGCAUACAUCUUUUUGUUUAUUACCAUUUUGUAAUUGCAACUCAAUCUCCUGUUACUUUAGAACUACUAUGAUUAAAGCUGUAUCCAGAAUUUGGAUGUGGUGUGGUUAUUUACUUAUUUACCACAAAUUUGGAUGUUCUAUUUAUAAUUUCAUUAGCAUUAUGGUUCACUUGA